AUGUUGUUACCUGCGCGGCAUGCAAGGGAAGGCGCGUUGGAGCGGAGAGAGAUCUCCAAGCAAGGCAGGACCUUUGUUGUUGUCGGAGUCAUCGCCGUUGCCAUCUUGGUUAUACUCAUCAUCACAUACUUCUCGACCCUCAAGUUCCGAGCACCAUACCGCGCCGCAAAGAAAGCACAACAGUCGUCCAACGACAAACUACCUUCGUUAUUCUCCUGGAAAGCGUUCCGCAAGCGCCCACGCCGAAAUGACUACUCGACGAGUCUACAAGACACGGAAUACCGGGGCAGUACAAGUAGGGCAAGUGGUGAGAUGAGCGGAGCUGCGGCUGGGGAUCCUGAGAGGCAGAUGAACAGCACCACGGCAGCUGGGGUUGACAGGAACACGUCGAUUCGCAGUGUUAUGACGCUGCCCGCCUACUCCUCCGCCGCACGAGAGAACGAGAGGGUAUUGGCUCGCGAGGGUGAGCGCGCGGGCGUCGACACGGUCGUUGAGCUCCCAGAGACACUAGACGAGGAAGAGAGACAACGAGAAGAGGAGAUGGAAUCCCUAUACCAAAUACGACUGGCACGACGUAUCGAAGCAACGGAUCGAGAAGCACGCCGGCAAGCGCGAAGAGAGGCACGCGCUCGUGGAGACGUCCAAGCACUCGCAGAUAUCCGACGAAGGGCCGAAGAAGCUGCAGACCUCUCUGUAUCACAAAUGCUCAUCGCUGAGCACCAAGCCAGAAAUCGAAGCCGCGAACAGCGGGUAUCUGCCGUAGCCUACGGCGACCUCGGUGUUGCAAGGCACGACGGCACUCGACUAAGGGCCAAUUCUUCCGAAAGCGAUAACCGACCCCUCUUAGAUUCUGCGGCGUCAUUCUCUGGUCAAAGCCGUGGCCGCGACGCACACGCACGCGGUCUUUCCGUUACCUCUCUCGCACAAUCAGUUGAUUCACACGCAUCCGACGACUACGACUUUGCAGAUGCCUCGCGCUCAAACUCGCACUCAACCGGCCCCAACAGCGAAGGCUUUGAGGUCGUGCCGCUGAACCCAGAAAGGAGUCAUAGUGGAAGCGGCGGACCGUCGCCAGAGAUACCGCGAGAAGAUGCGCCCGCAUACGAAGAUCCGCCCAACUACGAAAGCCCCAUCAACACCAGGGCGCCACAAUUGCCAGCACUGAAUCUGGAUCUCGAAAGACUACCUAGCAUCCAAGUCACAACGGAACCGACUCCUGUAGAAGGUCGAGCACCAUCAUCCCUUACAUAA